AUGCGUGUUCCUUAUACUUCAUCGGCAUCACAGAUAAAUAUUUUUCUUCAAAAUCUAAAUGAAUAUCUUGAUUCUGGUAUAUAUUGUGAUUUAACAUUUAUAAUUGGUUGUGAAAAAUUUUUAUGUCAUCGUAUAAUUCUUGCUAGUUCAUCACCUUAUUUUCAAGCAUUACUUACACAUAAAUUUAAAGAAAAUAAUCUUAAUUCAAUUGAAUUACGUGAUAUUGAACCACAAAUAUUUUCUUUACUUCUUCAUUAUAUAUAUAGUGGUAAAAUUGAAAUUGAUAAUAAUAAUGUUCAAAAUAUAUUAAUAGCAAGUGAUAUGUUACAACUUGAUGAAGUUGUUCAAUUUUGUUGUCAUUAUUUAUCAAUAAGUUUAAAUGAAAAUAAUGUUAUUGAUACAUGGAAAAUAGCUAAUGAAUUAGAAUGUAUAUCAUUAAAAGAUAAUGCUGAACAUUAUAUAUUAACAAAUUUUUGUAAUUUAAUUAAAUUUGAUAUGAUUAAAUUUAUUCCAAAAAAUUUAUUAAUAAAAAUAAUAUCAAAUGAUGAUUUAAUUAUUGAUAAUGAAGAACAAGUUCUUGAAGCUAUAUUAAUAUGGUAUAUUAAUAAUCAUGAACAAACAUUUGAACAUUUAUUUGAUAAUGUUAGAUUUGAAUAUAUUUCAAAAGAACAUCAAAAAAUGAUUUUACAUCAAAUUGGAUUUCAAAAUCCAUCAAUAAUUCAUCGCAUUGAACAAAUUAUAUCCCAUCGAGAAUGUCAAAUAAAUAAUAAUCCAGCGCGACGUGGUAUGAAACAAACAUGUUAUUUAUUUGGUGGUUAUGGUUUAAAUAUAAAUGAAACAAAUUCUCAUUUAUUAACAACAUCAUAUCGUUGUCAUUUAAAUAUAAAUGAUUCAUCAUCAUCAUUAUAUUCAAUUGAUAUUGAACCAAUAUCAGGUAAUGAAAUGCGUUAUCCACGUAUGCAUCAUCAAGUAGCAACACUUGGUAGUUUAAUUUAUAUUGUUGGUGGUGAAGAUGGUGAUAAUAUAUUUAAUUCAGUUGAAAUAUUUGAUCCAUUAUCAAAAAUAAAUAAUCAACAAUAUAUACAAGGUACAUCAAUGAUAACACCACGAUGUAAUUUUGGUUUAGUAUCAUUAGAUUCAACAACAUUAUAUGCAUUAGGUGGUCAUAUUGGAGCUGAUAUAACAUCAACAAUUGAAAUGUUUAAUUGUCAAACAAAUCAAUGGACAUUAUUACCAUAUAAAUUAAAAUCUCCAUGUUAUGGUUUUGCUUGUGUACAAUUAAAUGGUUUAAUAUUAUGUAUAGGUGGUUCAUGUAUAUUUAAUUUACCAGUUAAAACAACUGAAAUAUUUAAUCCACGUACAGGACAAAGUUAUUUAUGUACAGAUAUGAAUGAAGCACGUACAUAUUGUUCAACAUGUAUUGAUGAUGAACAAGAAAAAAUAUAUGUUUUUGGUGGUGCUGAUGCAAAUGGAAAUGGUUUACGUUCAGUUGAAGUUUAUAAUUCAUUUGAUUGUCGUUGGUAUAAAUUACCAUCAAUGUUUUUUAAUCGUAUAAGUCCAUGUGUAUAUCGUAUUGGAUAUUAUAUAUUUGUUUUUGGUGGUCGAACAAAUUUAGGACAAAAUUCUGAAAUACUUAAUACAGCUGAAAUAUUUCAUAUUGAAAAAAAAAUAUGGAUAAGAACAAAUGAUGUACCAAUACAUAUCUAUGGUGCAGCAACUGUUCUUCGAUAA